UGUCUUAGUCUUUUUCAGUCUGAAGCCAUGAGCGUAUGAGGAUUCGUUUUCUCUUUGUUUUAAAGCAUUUUGCACACAGGUAGAGGCCACAAUGAAGUUCGAGAACAUUCUGGCUGACAUUGAUGGAUUUGGAAGAUUUCAGAUAAUGAUAAUUGUGAUCAGCUUCAUCGGCCGUUUCACAUUGCCCUGCCACUUCAUGCUUAACAACUUUGUAGCGGCUGUUCCCUCUCACCACUGUGACAUCAGCUCUCUAGAUGACGGAGGAUUUUUUAGUAGUUUAUCUCAGGCAGAGAGGCUUAUUGUAAGUAUUCCAGUCCAGGAGGAUGGGACUCCUGCAUCCUGUCAGAUGUUUGCAGAGCCGCAGUAUCAUCUGCUGCUGAACUCCUCCAACAUAAUUGAAGUACCAACAGUGCCGUGUCAGAAUGGAUGGGUGUACGAUAACACCACCUUCAAGUCAACUUUGACCUCUCAGUGGGACCUGGUUUGUGAUAAAAGAGGGAAGAACAAAGCAACUGCUACAAUCUUUUUUGUUGGAGUGAUGUUUGGAGCUGUGACCUUUGGAAGUCUGAGUGACAGGUUUGGCCGAAGGAUCAUGCUGUUGGUGUCCUAUGUGUCUGGAAUGCUCUUUGCUAUUGCAAGUGCUUUUUCUACGUCCUACUUGAUGUUUGCAGUGCUGAGGUUCUUCACUGGGUUUUGCAUCACCGGCAUCGUCAUUGUCUCAGCAGUCCUGAGUGUGGAGUGGGUGGACAUCAAGCACAGGAAACUGGUUGGGGUGAUAGAUAGCUUAUCCUGGACAUUUGGGAACACAGUAUUUGCAGCUAUUGCUUACUUUGUGAAUGAUUGGCGGUGGCUAAUUCUGAGUGUAACCUCACCUCUAAUCUUGGCCAUCAUCACCUGGAGGUGGAUGCCAGAGUCUGCAAGGUGGCUCAUUGCCAACGGAAAGCUGAAGGAAGCUCAGAUGUAUUUGAAAAAAUGUGCCAAGAUGAACCGAACAGAGGAUUCAAUUCAGACACUGAACACAGAGACACUAGCAACCAUUGUUGUGACUGAGAAAAGAGAUCGGACCUAUUCCUACCUCGAUCUGAUACGAACACCAAACAUAAGGAAACUGGCUCUACGUACUGGUGUAGUUUGGUUUUGCGUGGCAACUGCAUUUUAUGGUAUCAGCUUCAACCUCACAGGCUUCGGGCUCAACAUCUACCUCACUCAGUUUGCCUAUUCUAGCAUUGAGCUCCCAGCCAAAGUUGCUAUUUACUACUUGCUGGAUAAGAUCGGCAGGCGACGCACUGAAGUGGGAGCUCUGCUGAUGACUGCUGCCUGUCUUGGAAUUAACAUUGUAAUACCUAAAGAUAUGUCUGUUGUCAGGACAGUGGUGUCGGUCCUGGGAAAAGGGUUUUCUGCUGCAUCCUUUGGAACGAUUGUGCUCUACAGUUCUGAGCUUUAUCCCACUGUAAUAAGGCAGAACGGUAUGGGUUACAACUCCUUCAUGGCUCGGCUGGGUGUAGCUGUGUCACCUUUGAUUCUCUUACUGGAUGAGGUGUGGAAGGAGCUGCCUCAGGUCGUCCUUUUCUCUGUGGCAGUACUUGGGGGGAUAGUGGCAAGAGCGCUGCCCGAGACACGAAACCGGUGCCUGCCAGAGACGAUCGAGGACAUUGAAAGCAGUGGUAUUGAAAAGUCACUGGAGAAAAGCGUAGAAAUAAAGUGAUAUAUAUUAGUAUAAUUAUCUUCAGAUACAUUUUGGUUGGUUGUGAGUAAACUUGGGGAGGUGUGAGGAAAACCAUCUGGAGAUUAAGCUCUGUGUUAGGAGCAAAACUAAAAUAAGGUCUAUUGACAGUUGAUAAUAAAAUAAUUAAGUCAAUAUAAUAUCUUGUUGUAGAUUCUUAAAUCCCAAAGUUUUUAAUCACAGGAUCCUUUUGGGGCCCCAGACCUCAGGAUGGGUAUCAAUGUUUAAAGGUGAUUUAAAUAUUUGAUUUAUUUACAGUUGUGAUUAAAAAUGUAGCCAUAAUGAAUUCCUGAACACUCAAACCACAAAAAGUUGUCACCAUUUUACCUGUAUAUCAUAAGUUCCAUGUAAGGUAAUGCACAAAACAAUAGUUGAACUUUAAUAAAGUAACCACUGAAAAAACAGUAUUAAUCAUACUGAAAUAAAUGAAAUGUGUUGGUUUAUCUGAGCAAGCCUAAACUCCUGUUUAUAUAUUUAUAAUCAAGCAAAUUAUGAGUUUACCUACUUAAUCAGUAUCUUAUCACAAGAAGAUAGGAACCACACUACUUUUGCAAGGCUUUACUAAUGAAUAUGUACGCAGAGAUUAAGUCAAAGCUUCUUUAUUAAAGAAACAAAGCAAGCACAAUUGUUUUUAUGACUCGGCAAUCCUCUUAAGGAAAGUCAACCACAUCUAAAUGACAUGUUUCUGAUAUUCCUUUUGAAAAUCUUAAUAGCCAGGUCUAAUAUUUUCUGCUGAUAUUUCAUCUGACAUUACACUUAGUUACAGAAUUAACAUUGAUGGGG